AUGUCUCAUAAUGCUUCAGCAUUUUUUUUUACAAAUCUCACAACUUUACAAAGUAGAUUUCUGUACGUGUUGGAUGACGACGAGAAGCCAGUUAGGCUCGAUCUCACCGAAACAUACGAUGAACCGCUCAUUGAGAUAGAAUAUCUACCAGAUUUUAUGGACUUUUAUUUGUACACCAAACAAACGGAUGAUCCUGAAGAAUUAAAAAUAGACGACGUCAAAAGAUUGAAUAACAGCCAUUUUGAUACGAAAAAAGCAACGAAAUUUGUCACCCAUGGGUGGACGAAUUCUUAUAAAAGCAAAGCUUGCACCUUGAUUCGUGAUGCAUUCCUGAAAAAUGGCGAUUACAACGUCAUCGUCAUAAACUGGAGUCUUAUAUCUCGCACACCCUACAUGUGGGCAAGUUCUCACGUGCGGAGAAUAGCCAAGGUUGUUGCUCGCAUGAUCGACUUUCUUGAUUCUCAGGGCGCAAGUGCGUCUAACAUAACCAUGGUUGGUCAUUCACUUGGUGCUCAUAUUGCAGGACUCUCAUCUUAUUAUGCAAAGAAUAAAGUGGGCUACGUUGUCGCUUUGGAUCCAGCCGGUCCUAAUUUCUACCAAAACCACGUAGGUUCAAUGGUGACUAAAGAAGAUGCAACAUACGUGGAAGUAAUUCACACAAGUGCCUCUCUUGGUCUUCCGUACCAAUUAGGUCACGCUGACUUCUUUCCGAAUGGUGGUAGAAUGCAAGCUGGUUGUUUAAUUGACAUGGGUGGAUCGUGUUCGCAUUCGCGUUCCUAUCAUUAUUAUGCCGAGUCUAUAAACAGUAAUCGUUUUCUGGCUCGCCGUUGUAACACUUACACCGAGUACUUAUUCGGCAUAUGUUCCUCGAAUUCCGUUGCUACUAUGGGUGGUGUCACACCGAACUUAAAGGUCAAGGGUCGGUAUUACUUGAUGACAAAAUGGACGUCUCCAUUCGCGACAAAUUCAUAAACUGAUUUGAAUUUCAUAAAAUUCUUAAACUGACUAAAAUCGGAAUUAAGUUUGAUUCGUCAUACAACUCUUAAUACAUAU